CCUCACUCAGUCCGCUCAUCCCACUAACAGGGGGGGGAUUAUUGUUUUUUACCCGCAAUUGAAUGUGUCCACUUCUGUUUUACCCAUUUCGGUGUAACACCUGGGUAAGGUUUCUUCCUUUCUCCGAGGCGUACAGUCGAUAAGGGCGGUCACCUAGUGAGAGAUGUUUUGCUCAUUUUGUUUCUAGUUGGAGAAAGUUGGAGGUGGCCCUUCUGGAGCAGCCUUGGACCCAGCGGGAGCUCCAUCACUGAGCUGAAGAGGGAGAAGACAGGGACAUUUGGGAGAAGAGGAGGGAGAAGGAAUCAUGGGUGUGCAAAAGGAAGACGUGGAAAAGUUCCUUAAAGGAAACCCUGACUUUGCUAAAAAGUACUUUGCCAAGAAGAUGAAUCCUUCGUCCAUAUCGUCGAUAUCAGGACUCCCUGAGAAACAGAUCGACUUUGGUCAGUUUCAGGAGCUCAGUCAGGUUGAAGAGGGCAAAAUCAUGUAUGACCUGAUCAAAGACAUGCAAGAGAGCAUUAACAUGGAAAAGGUGGUGUUCAAGAUCCUGAAGAGACUCAGCGCGCUCAUCCACGCCGACUGCUGCAGCCUGUUCAUGUACCGGCAGCGGAACGGCAUCGGGGAGCUCGCCACGAGGCUCUUCAACGUUAACACUGAGUCAGAGCUGGACGACUGUGUGGUGCCACCAGACUCUGAGAUUGUCUACCCGCUGGACAUGGGAAUAGUCGGCCAUGUGGCCCUGACCAAGAAGACCGUUAAUGUUAAAGAUGUCACACAGAGCCAGCACUUCAGCUCCUUCGUAGACGAACUCACAGAAUAUCAGACCAAGAACGUUUUGGCAACUCCCAUCCUCAACGGCAAAGACAUGGUUGCGGUGAUCAUGGCGAUAAACAAGACCACAGGACCUCACUUCACUGACGAGGAUGAAGAUCUUUUUUUAAAGUAUCUGAAAGUUGCCUCUCUGAACUUGAAGAUCUACCACCUGAGCUACCUGCACAACUGUGAGACACGUAAAGGACAGCUGCUGCUGUGGUCUGCCAACAAGGUAUUUGAGGAGCUGACGGACAUCGAGCGACAGUUCCACAAAGCCUUGUACACAGUCCGAGCCUACCUCAACUGUGACCGCUACUCUGUUGGCUUGCUAGACAUGACGAAGGAAAAGGAGUUCUUUGACAUCUGGCCAGUGUUGAUGGGAGAGCAGGCACCUUACUCUGGCCCUGUGACCCCUGAUGGCAGGGAAGUUAUAUUCUACAAGGUGAUUGAUUAUAUAUUGCACGGAAAAGAAGACAUCAAAGUAAUACCGGGUCCUCCUGCAGAUCAUUGGGCUUUGAGUAGUGGCCUCCCUACUUAUGUUGCUGAGAGUGGUUUUAUCUGUAACAUUAUGAAUGCAGCUGCAGACGAAACGUUCCAGUUUCAGAAAGAGCCGCUGGACAGCAGCGGCUGGACCAUAAAAAAUGUUCUAUCGCUGCCAAUCGUCAACAAAAAGGAAGAGAUAGUCGGUGUGGCCACGUUUUACAACAGGAAAGAUGGAAAACCCUUUGACGAUCAGGAUGAGCAGCUCAUGGAGGCUUUGACUCAGUUCCUAGGAUGGUCAGUUUUGAACACGGACACUUACGACAAGAUGAACAAGCUGGAGAACCGCAAAGACAUUGCUCAGGACAUGGUGCUCUACCAUGUCAAGUGUCGGGAUGACGAGAUUCAGAAUAUCCUGAACACGAGAGAGGUCUAUAACACGGAACCCAGAGAGUGUGAAGAGGAGGAGCUGCUAGCUAUCCUGAAAAAAGACCUCCCUCCACUGAUUAAGAAGUUUGAGAUCUACGAGUUCCGCUUUUCAGAUUUUAACUGCACAGAGAUGGAGCUGGUGAAGUGCGGGAUCCAGAUGUACUACGAGGUCGGAGUGGUCAAGAAGUUCCAGGUCCCUCAAGAGGUGCUGGUUCGUUUCAUGUACUCAGUCAGUAAAGGCUACAGAAAAAUCACCUACCACAACUGGCGCCAUGGCUUUAACGUGGGCCAGACCAUGUUCACACUAUUAACGACAGGGAUGUUGAAGCGCUACUACACUGACUUGGAGGUUAUGGCUAUGAUAACUGCAGGAUUCCUGCAUGAUAUUGAUCACAGAGGGACAAACAACUUGUACCAGGUCAAAUCUGGGAACCCUCUGGCCAAGUUACACGGCUCCUCCAUCUUGGAACGACACCAUUUAGAGUUUGGAAAGUUCCUCCUGGCUGAUGAAUCACUGAACAUCUACCAGAACCUGAACAGGCGACAAGUGGAACACGUGAUUCAUCUCAUGGACAUCGCCAUCAUCGCCACCGAUCUGGCUCUUUACUUCAAGAAGAGAACCAUGUUCCAAAAGAUCGUAGACCUUUCACACACGUAUGAGGACGAAAAGAAGUGGGUCGAUUUCAUGUCUCUGGAGACAACCAGAAAAGAGAUCGUCAUGGCCAUGAUGAUGACUGCGUGUGACUUGUCCGCCAUCACUAAGCCCUGGGAAGUACAGAGCAAGGUCGCUUUGUCUGUGGCAGCAGAGUUUUGGGAGCAGGGUGACCUGGAGAGGACUGUACUCGAACAACAACCCAUUCCCAUGAUGGACAGGAACAAGGCUGCAGAACUUCCAAAGCUACAGUGUGGUUUCAUUGACUUUGUCUGCACGUUUGUCUACAAGGAGUUUACUCGCUUCCACCCGCAAAUCCAGCCGAUGCUGGACGGCAUCUUAAACAACAGGAAGGAGUGGAGCGCUAAGAAAGACGAGUACGAGGCUAAACUCAAAGCCAUGGAGGAAGAAAAGGCUGCAAUGGAGGCAGCAGCAGCUACUAAAGUUGCAAACAACACCGGUGGUGGAGGGUCGGGCUCCAAGACCUGCUCCGUGAGCUAAAAGUACAGAGUACGCCAAGGGGGGUGCACAUAGAUGCUCAGGAUGGACUGACAGCCAUGAAUGCACAGCCCCUGUACAACUUCUUCAGGAAAAAUAGUUUCAUCAGGGAAGAAAAAAUCUGAACAGGCAGAGAUCUUCACCAAGAAGAGCAAAGUUUAACCUUUAUGGGACAUUAGCGAGGUGAGCCAAAAAAAAAAAAAAAAAGAACUAUGCAGAACAUCACUUUAACAGAAACAGUCAUGACGACCAGCUGCUCCUCCCUGUCUUCACACUCACUGUACUGAAAUGCACAGAGAGGUGAUUGUUGUGUUUCAGGUUUCUUUUACGUUCAAAAUAGUUUCCCUAAUGUGAAAAUUAAUGUUAACUACAGUGUAUGUGUGUAUUUCUUUGUUGUGAAUCAUCAAACCUACAGACCACAAUCUUUUAUAUUUUGCUCCACUUUCUUAAAACCUAUUAUUUAACCCAGGGAACAUCUUGUUUAUACAUCCCUGGAGUAAAUGUCACCCCUGUGCAAUAUGUAUCAUUUAAGAGAAAUCACACAGUUUCCUGUAAUUCUUUUUAAAACACGUUAGGCUGUACAGAAUGUACAUUGUGCAUUAUUUAACAUUUAUCUUGUUGUCACAGAAAUGUAGAUAAUGGAUAGAAUUAAAUAGCAUCCUUUCUUCUUAAAUUUAAUGUAAUGUUCACUCCUUCCAGUCACUUACUAUUUACAAUUGAGAGUUUGUUUACCUUGACUGCAGAGAGCCAAAGGUAGACGUUCAGCGAUGCUACAGUUAAUCAUAAAUGUUAAAGCAGUGCAAUAGGGACGCAAACAGGUCUAUAGAUGCUUAUUCAUGAUGCCUUUAUAUUGUAUAUACGUAGCCGAGUGUUCUAGUAAUACAAAUGUGUUAUGAAAUAAGAGUGCUUCAGGUGGUUCCAGAUAAAACUGAUACAUACAUUCAGUUUGUUCUGUUUACAUCUUAAUUUACUGUGCUCGUUUAUACUUAUCAUGAAGAGAGAGAUGGUUUUUGACCGAGGACGUUCACUCAAACGGCUGUAAAGAGUGAGUUACAUCAAAAUGAAUCCCCAUUUGAAAACGAAUCCCUGCACUGGGUCAGCCACAAUAAACUAACCACACUGGGGACAAGUUAUCACACUAAUAAUCGACCAUGUGUUUGAUGAGGGAGGAAACACAUGAAGAACAAGAAAACUUCACAAAAUAACAAUCGGGUCCAAGACCUAAAACUACUGUGCUGCGAGGAAUCAUCACUAAUCACUGAGUCAUCAGGCUGUUACGAUUACAGCCUCAAAAUAUAACCUAUAUAUAACCAAGGCAGCAAAGGCUGUUUAAAGAAGCUUUGUGUAAGGACUUGUACAUACUGCCUCCCUACCUGUAAAUAUAAAAAAUAUUUUUCUAGUUGAAACAUAGGAUGCAUAUUUUUACUUAGUAACAUUUACAAGCACUGGCAAGUUUCUUAUUUCCCUUAUCUAUUCGAUUUUGAGUUUAUCAUGCUUGCCUCAGACACAGAUGUUACAUUAUUCUAAUAAGCUGUGGGCAUAUCAAAGUAUAAUAACAGAUAAUGAAUGAAUCUUGACAUGAGGAUAUGCUCAUAACAUUUUUAAAAUAGACUUAAUUUUCAGUAUUGUAAAGCUUGCCUCUUCAUGUACUCCACGUGUACAAAGACGAUCCAAAUAAAGCAAAUGUAUUUUUAUGAG